AUGUUUGUAGCCUGCCCGGGCCCCAGCUGGCCCGCCGCGCCGCCAUGUGGCCUGACUGCGAGAGGCCAAGCGGGUCGAUCGCAAGUAACAAUGCAAGCAGAGCCACGGGGGAGGUGGGGGAUUUCGGACACCAUCGUGAAGCUGGUGACUUCGGGCAUCGGCCUACUAGGGCUUCGUGAGUUUGUUCUGAGAAGAAUACCAGCCAAUCUUUUUCCACUUAGGACGCUCACGCAGGCAGUAGAAGAUGCCGCGCAAGGCAUGACCGACGAAGUGUCGGGCAUGCGUAUUCCCGUCCGGCCCCAGCAGCAAGACGUUAGGGCCUUCCUUGACAUGCCUGGCCCCCGUGCUAUGCAAGUCCCUGCGUUCAUAGUGAUCAGCGGGCCGCAGGGCAUCGGAAAGUCUGCGAUGCUGAAAGGCUUGCUUGCACACCGGCGCCAACAGGGGAAAUGGGUGCUGCCCAUACUUCGGACUUUGCAGCCGGGCGACAAGCUUGAGCUUGCGGCUAUCGUUGAAGAGGUGCUGCUGGCCGACAGGGUUCCGGAGAUCUUCCCUCAGCUGCGCUUACCAUUUGUGCAGUUGAUGAAACAGCUGAACAGCAGGUGCCUGAAGAAGACUGGGCACCCACUGACAAUCUAUAUGCAAUUGUCAACGCAGAACCGUGCCGACGACUUCGACCAGAACCAGUGCGAUGCGAUCGCCGCUGCCGUCGGCAGCUUCGCGCGGACGCUCACCUACGAGUAUGCUUUGUGCAAGUUCGUGCUGGAAGUGUCCGUGUCCCUCAUUGCCGACAAGAUCCAGGAGCGGCUGGGUCAAAAUCGGGCGUGCAGGGUGUUGCCUAGGUGCUGUAGCAGCUUCGUGGAGCUGGAGAUUCCGGAGAUUGCCGGAUAUCUCAAGAUGGACGAGCGCAGCCGGGAGGAGAUCCUCAAGUACUUCUACCUUCGCGCUGGCGGCAGCUUCCGCGAGCUUUCGUUGCUCCUUGAGGACGCGGCCAAGGCCGACGCCUCGGAUGCGCAGGGCAUCAAGGCCCGGAUCGACAAGUGGUACGAGAAGAAGAUCCAGCCCAUCAAGGACGUUCUGGCAGAGACGGAGGAGGAGGAAGAGGAAGAGGAGGGAUGGCUGGAGAAGCUCUUCCGAGAACUCCGGGGCGAGAAGAAGCCCAAGAAGGAGCCGAAGUCCAAGUACCUGGACUACCUGACGAAGGUGGCCGAGGCGGGCCCAAAAGGCUACCUCAGCGGGGGCGAUGCCCUGAAGAAGGAGACGAAGCUGGAGAUGGAGCUCCGGCGCUUGCAGCCGAAGCAGGCAGUCCUCCGGAGCACCACGAGUAUCCAGGUGGCUCUGCGUCAUUGGUACUUCGUCUUCUACGUCCUGGGCGAGACCGAGGAGGGCCUGCAAGAUGCAGGCUACAUGUAG